AUGGUCAUGGACACGAGCACGGUCCGUCUGGUGAUAUUCCUAGGGAUGUUUCUGGUGUUCGCCGGCGACUACAGUUACCUGGUCUCGACGAUAUUCGGCAGACAUCCGGAACAAAACGUCACCGAGCCGAUCAAAGGCCCCGAAGGACCGCCGAGGGAACCGGCUCUCGAUCGACCGACUCCGAGAAAGGACGGGGAAGAAACCGCGGUGUCGCGACGCGCACGAAUGAUGACCACGAUCAAGACUGCCUGUCUGCCGAAGCUGAUAUGCGAACUGACCUCGUCCGUUCAUCAGGAUCAGCUGAGCGAGAUGGAGAGGUCGUUACUGAACCUGAUCAGGGACACGAGUUUGGGCACGAUGGCGGAAAUACCCUCGAGGUACCAUUUCGCGGCCCAUAUGGGUCAACUGAUAUCCGGCAUGGAAGGUCAGGGAUGCCACAAUUUCUUCCCCUCCUGUCCGUUGCCCGGGACCAGCGUUCUGAACAUGAUGAAGAAGAUCCGAUUGCGCUGAAACGACCAAACCGAGAACUUGUCUUUUCAGAACACGAGAGUGACAACGAAACCUGUGAUA